GCCGGCAGCAGGGAGGCAGCGAUGGAGCCGGCGGGGAGCGGCGGCUCCUCCUCCGUGGACUCUCAGGCCGCCUUCGUGCUGAGCAACCUGGCCGAGGUGGUGGAGCGCGUCCUCGCCUUUCUGCCCACCAAGGCGCUGCUGCGGGUGGCCGGUGUGUCCCGGUUAUGGAAAGAAUGUGUGCGCCGAACCUUGAGGACCCAGCAGAGCGUGGCCUGGAUCUCCACAAUGGAGCCUGGGCCCCCAGAGAUGCACUCGCUGGUCCAAGUGUUAGCCAAGGAGCUUGAGAAGGUUCAUGCAUUGCCACAGACUGUCCUCUACAUGGCUGAUGAGGAUACUUUCGUUGGAGAGGAGGAUGGCCAUGGACACAAGAAAGCACGAAAGAGAAAUCCCCAGGAAAUUGCACGUGCCAUUGAGAAGUUGUUUCCAAAACGUUGCCAUGUCCUCGGGGUUAUAACCCCAGGAGUCAUAGUAACUCCAAUGGGAUCAGGUAGCAAUCGACCUCAAGAAAUAGAAGAUGGAGAAGCUGGCUUUGCAAUAUUGUUCCCCAAAAUUGAUGGAGUAAAAAUUGAGACUUUUCAUUUUCUGAAGGAUCUGAGAAAAUGUAUCCAUGAAAGCAAACUAAUUGAAGCUGGUCUUAAAAACAAUCCUGAACUUAGAGUGGUCCUUAUUUUUGGCUACAAUUCUUGGAAGAUAGGAGCUGCUGGAUUUCUUCAAAAAGUAGUCAACAUUCUCAAUGAGAAGAGCGUUAUGCUGGCUGGUGGCCAGGUAGACCGCUUGACCUCACUGACAUCAGAGAGUAACCCCCCCACCAACGAAGCUUGUGGUGUAGUUGGCCUCUCCUUCAGUGGCCCACAGAUCCAGAGCGCGUCUGUUCUGCUGAACCAGGAUGUGAAUGAUGAGAAGACUGCCGAGGCGGCCAUGCAGCGCCUCAAAGCUGCCAACAUCCCUGAGUACAACACGUUUGGCUUCAUGUUCGCCUGUGUGGGCCGAGGCUUCCAGUACUACCGGACCCGCCGGAACGUGGAGGCAGACGCCUUCCGGAAGUUCUUCCCGACCGUCCCCUUAUUUGGCUUCUUUGGAAACGGAGAAAUAGGGUGUGAUCGAAUAGUCACGGGGAACUUCAUCCUGAGGGAGUGUAAUGAGGUCGAGGAUAUUUUGCUCCAUAGCUACACCACUGUCAUGAUUCUCAUCCACCUCGGCCCCACCAAGUGAGGCGCUUGCGCUUCAGGGGUGCCUACAGCCCACCAUCCCCCAAAACCUGGGGGCAUGUACAUAUUUCAGAUGAAAGUACCUUUAGAAGUAUCUGUUUUAUAACUUUGUUUAAUGCUCUCAAGAUAAUGUUGGAAUAGGUCUAACAAUGUCAAGUGAAGGAGAACUUGUGUGUAAGAUAAUACUGUGUGGAGGUCGUCACUGGGUCAGCUUGGGGGAGAUAGAGGGCAAGUGCCCGGGGUGAUGGGUGACUGCCCCUUACCUGUGGUGAGAGGGGAGAGCCCUGGAUUGGAGUCCACCCCCUCCCCCCACUGCCACGUAGUAGCUGUGUGCAGAACCUUUCUGAGCCUCAGUUUCCUCAUCUGCAUAAUGGAGAGAACACUUGCACUGCCUAACUCACAGGGUUGUUGUGAGGCUAAAAUGGAAUGUGUGUAAAGCGCUUUGUAAACCUGAAAGUGCUGCAGAACUGUGUAAGUGAUUGUUGUCAGAUAAUGAUCAUCUUGGGGCCAUAAUCAUGCAGUUUUUUGUUUUCUUCAAAAACAUAUACAACAUUGGUCUGUUGUCUCCUUAAGGGAGACCUUUUCUCAACUGCAUCUGUUUUUCAGACACUUUAAUAAAGUUAUUACAUUAUUUUUACUCAUUGCAUAAAAGUUAAAAUAAAAUAUUUUGUGGUGGUAGUUGGUCCAUUGAAAUUAUUCAGUCUGAAGAACAAAUUUGCAAGACUAAUCAGCAGUAUUACUUUAUACAUGAAAGCUAUUCCUUUCCAUUUGUCAAUAAAGAAAACA